AUGCAGUCUUCGGAUAUCUGCAUGUUUUACUUGAGAGGCGCUUGCAGGUUUGGCAGCAAGUGUUGGAACUCCCACGACUUGACACGCAGAUCGCCGAGUGCUCUAUCACUUGCAGCAAUUGCAACGGCAGCUUAUUACGAACAAGAAAAUUCAAUAAUGUCUCUAAGUACUAAUACUAGUACCAGUACCAGUGCCGGUUCCAGUACCAGUGCCAGUACCAGUACCAGUACCAAUGCCAGUGCAAGUACCAGUACUAGUAAUAGUGGAAAAUCUAUGCAAGAGCAACCAAAAGGACUUCAACUUCUUCUUGAAGCCUCUAUGCAACCAAUAUUAAAACAGUCUGACGAAUCUGGAAUGGAAAUAGAAAAAGUGGCAACCGAACUUUCUGUGGCAAUGAAAUCAGGAAAUAGCAAAAGCGUAAAAGAGACUGCUAGUAAAUUGCAUGCACUUCAUCAAAAAAAGAAAAAAGAAAGUACUGAAAAUGAUAAUUCUGCGUGGAAUGAUAUUAUACGGUGUGCUAUUGACAAUGAUUUACAGUGCAAUAUCUGUUUUGAAAUAUUUAUUAAGCCAACAGUGCUUAAUUGUUCACACACGUUUUGUGAAUCGUGCAUUCAUGUUUGGACAAAGCGUGUCAAAAAAUGUCCAAUUUGUCGUGUGCAUAUUAAAUCAAAAUCAUAUUGUUUGACUUUGGAUAGCUUCAUAGAGAAGAUCGUUGAACAAUUGCCAAAGGAAGUUAAACAUAAGCGUGGAGUAGCUAUAAAAGACCGCAAUAAUAAGAUGAAACUUGAAAAACCACGACCGCCCGGUAUUGAUCUUGCCGCAUUAUUGGGUUUGGGUGAUAUGACAGAAGAUGACAGACCACUACAAUUCCUCACGAUGGACGACGACGACGACGACGAAUACUGGAACAACGACUACGACAACGACUACGACAACGAUGAUAUUGAUGAAGACGUUAUUAUCGAGGAAUCGGAAAUGUUCAGAAUGAAUUUACAUGAUACAGUUGUAAACACUAGAGGUGUAAACCCUCUAAUGAGUUAUAUUGUUGGUUCCGAAGAACAAACCUCAAGUACAUCCAGAACUGGACCCAAUAACUCUUCCGCUCGGCACUAA